CGGCUUCUCGCAAGUUAUUUCUCGUUCAGCUGUCAGUGCGUUCGGUCGUGCAUCAAUCGCAGUAAGCAGCAGCGUCCUCCCUCUGUACGCGCUAGCGAUAAAGUGUGUUUGUGUGCGUGUAUCCGUGUGAGCAAGGUUGCAUUCGGGAAACUACUUUGGCUCUCCAUAGGCGCCAGCUGUCACCGGUCUCUGCGGCACUGCCGCGCAUCAUCUUUCCUACUCCUCCCCGGUUGCCUGUUCACUUGACAGCUUGCGGUACGUGCGUUCGACGAAAAAGGCGCAAUUCAGCGAAUUAAUCAGCAGAAUUAAAUGAACCGAAGCGUUCCGUUCGGCUUCCCAGUGCAAAGCAAACUGUGCUGCUGUGACGGAAGAAGAAAAACGAUCCAUCUUAUUGUACGUCAGAAACUAAUUCAAGCGAUACGGAACAGCAUCGGGUAAUGAUUUCGUGGAAGCAAAGACACUCGUCGAUUCAUUGCGAAGCAUAGACGGCACCCCUGCUGUACGCUGUCGCCGUUGCGAAUAUUGUCACCUGUCAUAGUAUAUCAGCACAUAUCGGCGCUUGUCAUCAGUUGAGAGGAAAGUUAACAAUCACAAAAUUGGACAACGAUCCUAUUCCGCUUGGAGUUUGCUUUUAGACGAUGACGAAAUCAUACCGGAUAGUGCUACAAGAUUGAUAUCAGCACUCUGGCUGCUUGAUUUUAUAACGUGCGGCGCAAAACUGAACCGGAUUUCAAUUGAAAGUAGAAGUGCAGUGACUGUAGUGUAUGGUGGUGGACUCCCUCAGAUUCUUCAAUCUAUUGCGCAACAGUCUCUCUAACCGGACAAAACCGAUCAAGUGAUAAUUAGUCCUGUACGAUUGCUACGAUUGCUACUGGUUCACCGUUUCCUGGAAACGGUCGUCAACUUGUGCGUUAUGGUUGAUAGUGCGGUGCGUACCGAAGUGACGGUUUGAAAGCGAAAGGUGCAUAGAGUACUGUCCGCAGCAAGAAAACAGAUAGAAAAGUGUAUAAGUCACGUUUUAUUAGUCAAAAAGGAGAACAAAUUUAUACAACUUAUUGCGCUUGAAAGUGUGGUACAGCAUAAUAACGCAAAUGUUUGCACUUUAAAUAUCAUUUAAAUAGGUGCAACGAAAUCAUUCAAUUUAGAAGUGACUGUGUGAAUUGCGUAGAGAAUCAGGCACAAAAAAACCGAUCCAUAAAACGAUAGCCAUGAUGAUGUCUGCUCGGAAAAGAAGCUCUUUUAGCGGGUGUGCAACCAAUUCAUCUGCGUGCACAUUUUUGCUGUUGAUGAUGUGUGUUUUCAUCAUCGUCGUCGUGACCGUCAGUGCGGAAAAUCACUGCACCGAGAAUCGGUACGAGCAUUCGCUCAACACCCAUCAUCUACAGUUCACGAAGGAAAUCCCCGACCAGGAGUACGGCGUGCUGAAAAAGUUCAAAAGCUUGCAUUGUUGCGGCAAAGGCUAUCGGAGCAUCGAAUGGUUCAAAAACAAUCAGCCACAUCCAUGGAGCAAUGAAGUUUCAUCGUUCAUCGUGUAUCCGGAGGCCGCCAACCAAACGAUCUACAGUCGCACGCUGGAGAAGAAUGACAUCGGUAACUACAGCUGCAUACUGCGAAACGAAACGCACGCAAUCAAACAUGAAAUCGAACUGCGGUUACAGGAUAAAUUAGACAACCCGAUGCCUACCUUUCGGCCAAAGGAUCUAAUGGUGAGCGUGGGCGAAAGUGGCCGAUUCUACUGUGAAGCGUUUGUCGGCAACCUUUACCUGCCGGACGCAACCAACGAGAUCGUAUGGAAAAAAAUGUUUGACGACCGCCCGGAAAUGGUUGAAGAUAGUACGCAGGUGAACGUGACUAGGGAAGAAGGACAAAUCAUUGGAUCCUAUCUGCGGAUACCGAACAUCCAGACGAAACACUAUGGCCGCUACCGGUGCCAGAUAGUGUCGGGCAAUUCGGCCCAAAAGCUUAACCUUAGCGUGCUGCUCUCGCCCGUUGAAGUGACGGCAAUAACGGACACUCAGCUAUCGAUGCUGGUCUACGUAAUGGCAACACUGUUGCUAGUGCUAGUGGUCCUGUUUGCCUGGAUCUGCCGGACGGUACAGCAACGCACUAACAGCAAAAAGGAUAACCGCUGUUCGGCCCAAUUCAUUGCGAACAAUGAGCACGAUAAUGUGUAAACUUGUUGAACUGACCGAACGAAACAAAUGCUGUGUUUAUACGUGUAUGUGUGUCUAUCUAGUGGCCACGAUUAGAGGCGUUUCAUUCGAACGAAGCACUGAACUCAAACGGUAAAAUUUGAACGA